CAAUGGUCUACGUAACCUCUACCAAGCAUCCCAAGGGACUCCGUCUCCUCUCCCUCGAUGGCGGUGGCGUCCGAGGCAUCAUGGGUCUCGUUAUCCUCAGAGAGCUCAUGCUUCGCGUCCAGAAGAAGAAAGGUCUGGACAAGAUUCCCUUACCAGCUGAUUACUUCGAGCUCGCUGGUGGUACCAGCACAGGCGGUAUCAUGGGUAUCAUGCUCUUUCGUCUUCGCAUGAGCGUUGAUGACACCAUUAAGGAAUAUGACAGAAUCGCCAAGACGAUCUUCAGUCCUAAGAUCUACGGCUGGGAUAUUAGCUGGAUCCCUGGUUCAUCAUACCUCAACAACAGCAAGGCUUUAGUUCAGGACAGCAGAUUUGAUGCUGGGUCUAUGAGCAAGGCUAUUGACGAGGUUGUUGAGAAAUUUGGCCUUGAUGAAAAUGACAAAAAGCUGAAGGGCAACGCGCCUCUUCAGCACGAAGGUGGUGCACGGAUGUUCUGCUGUACUACUGCCCAGAACAGAGCUGAGUCUAUGUUGAUGCGAACCUACAAGGACAAGACCAUCUACACCAAGUCCAAAGUCAACGAUGCUCUACUCAAACACGGUGACAAGCUCACCAUCAGCAUCGCAGCACGCGCAACAUCUGCUGCUCCAACCUUCUUCCCCGAAGUGAAGUUUCCAGAGGAUAAGCCUGAGUUGGUGUUCUGGGACGGUGGCCUUCUUAACAACAACCCCAUCGACCAGCUCUGGUACACACGCUUUGAGCUCGUUGACCCCAAAGACCCUUCACCGCCGAUCUCAUGCGUUAUCAGCCUCGGUACUGGCUACGUCAGCCCAGGAAAGGCAAAGCAGUCUUGGAUCAAGGUUGUUGGAGUAGCGUCCAAGGUCAUGGACUUUGCUACCAACACCAACGCUAAGGGCAAGGACUUUUCACGACACAUGACGCAUCUGAAUGAGAGAGAUGAGCACAAGGAUACCAAGUAUAUUCGUUUUAACCCAUUCUUGAAGGAGGAGAUUGGUCUUGAUGAGUACCUGAGGAUGGACGACCUCAAGGUGAUUGCGCAGAAGACCAUGGAUGAUCCUAACCCUACAAACCAGUUUUGGAUCAACCAAGCUGUGGAUGCUAUUUGCGCAUGAGAUAGAAUCAAAUGGGAUGAACAAAAGGAUUUUUGGGCUGUGGAUAAUCUGGCAUCGAUAAGCUGUCAUUUGCGCGAAGUUAAGUACUAAUGGAGCAAAUGUAUGGCACACGUGCAUUGACUUCACCAUUCUAUGUGAUUCACAUGUCUGGAGGGCCACAUAAGUAACGCAGUUGAGAUUUAUGAUAACAAUAAUGGGGAAAGAUCUACGCUCUGGUUGCUAUGUAGCUGGAAGCGAUCA